AACAUAGGCAAAAAAUAUUCUAGAUCUGGCUGUUGUGCUAUGUUUGGGUUGGGAGUUGGGACAGAGAAAAGAAUACUACAAUAAGUAGUAUUAGCUGCCCUCGCACAAGACUCAAGAGCAAGAAAUCUCGGGAAGCUAACUGGGUGAUUAUCUUCACCAUGGCGGAUGAACCACAAGCUAAGCGCGCGCCGGAAUCGGCUGCCGGCGACGGCCGGGGCGCUGCGAGUUCCCGAUUCGCCGAGCAGGUCAUCAUUGUAACCGGGGGUGCUGAUGGCCUGGGCAAAGCCAUCACGGAGCGACUCAGCACGCAGGAAGGUGCCCGAGCCGUGGCCAUAUUCGACAUCGCCGAAGAGAGCAAGGGCAAGGCAGUGGCGCAGGCCAUGACUGACGACAGUGAGUGUAGCGGCGAGGUGGUGUAUUACCGAGUGGACGUGUCGGACGAGGCGUCCGUCAAGGAGGCAGUUACUGGCGUAGUCGCAAGAUACGAACGCCUCGAUGCCGUUGUCAACUGUGCCGGCAUUGUCGGACCGAACGGCGUCAAAGUGGCGGACGUGUCCCUGGACGACUUUGACCGGGUUUACAGAGUGAACCUGCGUGGUAGUUUCCUGAUCACCAAGCACUGCAUACCGCACAUGCUGGAGAGGAACUACGGGCGCGUUCUACUCAUAGCGUCCAUUGCAGGCAAGGAGGGCAACGCCGGCAUGUGUGCGUAUAGCACAAGCAAAGCCGGCGUCAUCGGACUGGCAAAGGCGGUCGGCAAGGAGUAUGCGGAGACGGGCGUGACGGUCAACGCUCUAGCACCGGGUGUAGUACGUACAGCAAUGGUGGAGGCUAUGGAGCCACAGCAAGUGCAGUACAUGACUGACAAGAUACCCAUGAAACGGUGUUGCCGCCUGGAUGAAGUGGCAUCGACGGUAUGUUUUAUCAUCUCCAACGAAACGUCGUUCAACACCGGUUACUGUUUUGAUCUCAGCGGAGGCCGCGCUACCUAUUGAGGCAUGCCGUCUCGUUGCCGUGUGUGUGUGUGUGUGUGUGUGUGUGUGUGUGUGUGUGUGUGUGUGUGUGUGUGUAUGUGUGCGUGCGUCUGUGUGUACACUGUUAUUUUGUGGCAGUGCAUCUUGCAUGUCGUAUACACGUCCCCGCGGUGGCUAUUUAUGACAUGGGUGUCUUCAUCGUUUGUCAACCACAAUUAAUCUAAAAUAUUUUCGAAUGAGUUGCAAGGCGAUAAUAUUUAUGCCAUUCUAUUUUGAAUCGAUAGGAUCCAGUAUCAUCAUCCUCUGUUGAUCACUAGUAGUUCAACGUUUUGAAGAUAUUGUUCCCUGGUUAUGUUUA